UAGGGCAAGGAUCCGCCUCCUUGGAUGUUUCUGAUUGACACAUAAUCUCAACCUUAAAUGCUUUCCUUGUUGGAUAACAUGAUGGAAACGCGAGAAAAGGAAUAAAAACUUGGGGGAGAAAGUCAGAACCCUCCUCACCGACCUCCCCAAGUUCCCCUCCAUUAAGCAAAGGACAAACUAAAAAGGAGCCUCAGAACGUCUAGAGAGUUACAAUAGUCAAGUUCCAAGACUUUACACCCGCUUCGGGUUUGGAAGUUCCCCGCCCACUCCGUUGCCUGUUGGUCCCGGGUUCUACACUGCUUCGGGUGGAUUGCUCCUUCCGUUGGUCCCGACAUCCGUUCCGAGUAUCGAGUCGGACCGCCGCCAGCUGUUGUUUGGGUUUUUCUUCCCUGCUGCUAGUCUUUGGUGCUCGUGAAUCCGAUCCCUGUCAUCAUAGUCAUGGCCGGGGCUCGUCCAGGAGUCCACGCUUUGCAACUCAAACCGGUCACUGUUCACGACACAUUGAAAAAAGGCAGUAAAUUCAUCAAAUGGGACGAGGAACCUACUUCCAAAAACCUGGUUACCAUUCGAGUUGAUGCAGAUGGAUUCUUUCUCUACUGGACUGGUCAGAGUAAUGAAGUAGACCUUUUGGAUAUUAGUACCAUUAGAGACACCAGAACAGGGAAAUUUGCAAGACAGCCCAAGGAUCCCAAAGUGCGAGAGGUUCUGGGGUUUGGGAGUGGCCCUGAUGCACGUCCAGAAGACAAGUUGGUAACGGUGGUUUACGGCCCUGAUAUGGUUAACACCUUUUACCUCAACUUCAUGGUUGUCCAAGAGGACACAGCAAAGAUAUGGACAGAGGAAUUAUUCAAAUUGGCGACAGAUAUCUUGGCUCAUAAUGCUUCUCGCAACACCUUCCUCAAGAAAGCGUAUACAAAAUUGAAGUUGCAAGUGAACCAGGAUGGUCGGAUUCCUGUGAAAAACAUCAUUAAAAUGUUCAAUGCUGACAAAAAAAGAGUUGAAACUGCCCUUGAGUCAUGUGACCUGAACUUCAACAGGAAUGAAUCUAUCAAACCAGAUGAGUUCAAAUUUGAAAUAUUCCAGAAAUUCCUCGACAAGCUGUGUCUUCGUCCUGAUAUUGACAAAAUUUUGAUGGAACUUGGAGCCAAGGGGAAGCCAUACUUGACAAUUGACCAGCUAACAGAUUUUAUCAACCAUAAGCAGCGAGAUCCUCGACUCAAUGAAAUUCUUUACCCACCAUUGAAGAAAGAACAGAUUCGCCAGGUUAUUGAGAAAUAUGAACCAAAUCGACAGUUUGUAGAAAAGGAUCAGAUUUCUUUGGAAGGUUUCAGUUUGUAUCUGAGUGGAGAUGAAAACAGCAUUGUUCCCCCAGAAGCUCUUGAUAUUUGUGAUGAUAUGACUCAGCCACUCAGCCAUUACUUUAUUAAUUCUUCGCACAACACCUAUCUUACAGCGGGACAGCUCACUGGAAACUCUUCAGUGGAACUGUAUAGGCAGGUCCUUCUGUCUGGCUGUCGCUGUGUUGAGCUAGAUUGCUGGAAGGGUCGACCUCCAGAUGAAGAACCAUUUAUAACUCAUGGCUAUACCAUGACAACUGAGAUUCCAUUUAAGGAUGUGAUUGAAGCAAUAGCCGAGAGUGCAUUCAAGACAUCUCAAUAUCCUGUCAUUCUGUCUUUUGAAAAUCAUGUUGACUCAGCAAAGCAGCAAGCUAAAAUGGCAGAGUAUUGUCGGACAAUAUUUGGAGAUGCAUUACUGAUCGAUCCACUGGAAAAGUAUCCGCUUCAGCCAAGUGGCUGUCUACCUAGCCCUCUGGAACUGAUGGGGAAGAUCUUGAUAAAAAAUAAGAAGAAGCACCAGAAAACAUACAAUGGCAGCAUUAAGAGAAGACUUGUUGAACAGGGAUCUAACCCGUACAGUGACAGCUCUACCUGUGAGCCCUUCUCUCCUGGUGUUGGGUACCUAGCAAAUGAAACAGCUGAAUCUGGGCAGGUCCUCCUGAAUGGUGAUGAAAAAGCUGCUGAUAAAAGAUUAAAUUUUUCCGAACCCAGAAAGUCAAUAGAUGUGGCAGAAAGUGAUGAAGAAGAGGAAGAGGAACCACCAGAGUCAAAAAAGCAUACUUCUGAUGAGGGUACAGCCAGUAGUGAAGUAAAUGCUACAGAGGAAAUGUCUAAUUUGGUAAACUACAUUGAACCUGUCAAAUUUGUGUCCUUCGAGGUAGCAAACAAAAGAAACAAAUACUAUGAAAUGUCAUCAUUUGUAGAGACAAAAGGCCUGGAGCAACUUACCAAGUGUCCCAUUGAAUUUGUGGAAUAUAAUAAGAAGCAGUUAAGCCGCAUCUACCCUAAGGGCACUCGGGUAGACUCCUCCAACUACUAUCCUCAAUUGUUCUGGAACACUGGAUGUCAGAUGGUGGCUUUAAACUUUCAGACACUUGACCUACCAAUGCAACUGAACAUGGGAGUAUUUGAGUACAAUGGGAGGACUGGAUAUCUUCUAAAGCCAGAGUUCAUGAGACGCACAGAUAAGCAUUUUGACCCAUUCACUGAGAACAUUGUGGAUGGCAUUGUAGCAAACACUGUAAAAGUCAAGAUUAUUUCUGGCCAGUUUCUGUCGGAAAAGAAAGUGGGUAUUUAUGUGGAAGUGGAUAUGUUUGGACUUCCUGUGGACACCAAGAGAAAAUUCCGUACAAAGACGUCCCAGGGUAACUCUUUAAACCCUGUCUGGGAUGAUGAACCCUUUGUGUUCCAGAAAGUUGUCCUUCCUACAUUAGCCUCUGUCCGAAUUGCUGUGUUUGAGGAGAGUGGGAAGUUUGUUGGACAUCGUAUCCUACCUGUUUCUGCAAUCAGGCCUGGUUAUCACUACAUCUGCCUGAGAAAUGAAAGUAACCAGCCCCUGGUGCUCCCUGCUUUGCUUGUGUACACUGAAGCUAAAGAUUAUAUCCCUGAUGCUCAUCAAGAAUAUGCAUGGGCACUAACGAAUCCCAUUAAACAUGUUAACCUCCUGGACCAGAGGGCAAAGCAGCUGUUGGGUCUGAUAGAUGAAAAUGAGCGGGAGAAUCAAGAGAAACCCAGUGACACCCAGAAGCAGCAGCAACCCACUCCAGUCCUAGUACCGAUAUCAAGUCAAAAACCUGCACCUCAAACUGCCACAAAUGAUUCUACUGCAGGUCAGCGGGAUGACUUGAUAGCCAGUGUCCUAGUAGAGGUAAAUGCCCUGACAGUAGAGGAGCUGAAGCAGCAGAAAGCGUAUGUGAAACUGUUAAAGAAGCAACAUAAAGAGCUGAAGGAGAUGAAGAAGAAACAUAUGAAAAAAAUCCUAAGUCUGAAUAAGGAGCAGAACACCAGGCUGCAUGAGCUUCAGUCAGAGAGUGUGCGUCGUAAAUCAAAGCUGCUGAAGUCUGGCUCAUCACCUGGUGAAUUGACGAAGGAGUUGGAUGCUUUUGAAGAAGAAGUAAAGCAGAAGAAAGUGGAGCUGUCAGAAUGGCAGAUGCGGGAGCUGCUAGACCUGCGGGAGAUCCAACAUCGAGUGGAGAAAAGCAAAAAGCAGGAGCACUUGAGGCAGAUCCUGCAAAAACUGAAGGAUGUUGCUGCAGAAUGUCAUGCAGUUCAGCUGAAGAAGCUAAAAGAACAGAGUGAAAAAGAAAAGAAGGAGCUGCAGAAGAUCAUGGAGAGAAAACGACACAACAGCAUCACUGAGGCUAAACAGAGGGACAAGAAUCAGGUGGAUUCAGAGCUAACAGAGAUCAACCGACGGCACAUUGCUGAGUCAGUCAACUCCUUACGUAGGUUGGAUGAGGCUCAAACCAAACGUCAGGAGAAGCUUGUUUUGCGACAAAAGGAGGUGCUAGUACAGAUAGAGGAAGAAGAACCAAAGCGGUGGAGUUUACUUGAACAGGAAUGUGAAGCAGAAUAUCGGAUGAUGCCUCAGGAUAUUCGUAAGUUUCUGCAGUGGGAGGCAGAUGGUCGGCCAGAGACAGAGGCUUACAGUGAUGGGUAUUCUGGCACUGACAGUCCCCAUGCUCAUAGUACACCACCAUCUGUAAAGAACUUGGUGAGCUGGUCAAGUAAAAAGAGCCUAGGGGGCAGUGAGGCCUCACUCAAUAAUAGUACCUCUUCACCUGGGACAGCCAGAAUAUCAGGCUCAGAAACCACAGUAUUAUGAAAAUAAUAUUCCGUGCAGCUGCAGCCACUAUUUAGCAGAUUUAUUUUCCUGUAAAUAAUUUUGGAUACUUUUGACUGACAUCACAUAGAGUACAGACCAUACCGGCAUGUUAUGAAAUUCAUCUGCUUUACCUUUGUGUAAUGUAAGCAGAUUCCAAACUUCUGCCAUGCCAGCCAGAAGAUGGAAAUGCAGAGGAUGCAAGCAUUCAUGGAGCUGCUUAUAUUCAGUUACUAAAAAAGAAGACAUUAAGGGAACCUUUCUUAAAAAAGCACUUCUCUGUCUUUUCAGACCUAGAUUCCAGACUGACAGUAAAUUCCAUUCACAAUAAAGGAUGAGUAUGUAGUAAAGUAAGAAAAAAGUUUCAGAAGAUGGCUGCUGUGAGGUGACUUUAGCUGCUGAGCAUUGCUUAUCUUCAACGGAUCGUGGCUACACAGACAUACUCUGGUACUUAUUCUUGACUCUGCAUUGUAUAGGCGGGUGCAGAACGCUUGACCAGUUGCACUAAUCUUGAUGAACUUGCUUUUUUUCAGUGUUUCUGGGUCUGUUGAAAUGUCUUUUCUGCUAAUUUUGUUGUAAUUUGUAUUAUGUCAUGGAGAGCUGAAGGGCAUCAGAAUACGACAAAUUUUCGUCCUGCAGUGUAGUUUUACCAGAGGAUUGGCUGGAUGAUCUUAGGCUGACAGUUGCUGGGGCCUUCUGGAGAUUAAUGCAGUUACAGAGUCUGCAUCCUUUGAUGAUGCUGUCUGCAGGAUUCUGACUGUCCUUUUGGAGGAGUCAGUUGUUUGUAGCCAAAGAACAGCUACACCGGUGCAUGUGGAAUGUAUAUGUAUGUGUAUGAAUCUGGGUGGGUGGAAUUGUAUAUGUAUGUUUAUGAAUCUGGGUUAGGGUGUUGAGCCUGUAUCGCUAGUUUUGACCUGAAGAACUGCUUUUAAAUUUCUAGGCCAGCAUUUUAAGGUAUAAUAUUUUAAAGUGUUAUGAAAUUAACUUGGUAUUGUUAUAUCAGUACCAUGAAAACCACUGUGUUAUUUUAUAAGGGAAUAUGUUGAUUUAAAGUUUUGAUCAUCACUGUUGUAAAUGGUCAUUUUCAAAAUAUCACUGGCUCAAUUCAUUACGUUUUAAAUGUGUUUUGGCCUUGCAUGCUUUCCCCUAAUUGUGUAUUUUAACAAAGAAUUGAUCCAUUGACUGAAAAUUGUGUAUCCCUUUCCCUCCUUACAGAGAAAACUACUUAAGUACCUUUUUCUUUGUUGUUUCUGUGACAUGAGAAAGAACAUGUCUGUUAACUAUGCAUUGUCUCUGCUUUGAAAUGUGAAGCUUAUGGUGGUUGAGCCAAGAAUCUUUCUGGAGACAAGUCUCAGUCCAUGGUUAGUUGUUGCCAUAUAGCAGUACCACUUUCAAGGAAACUUGGGGUUGGGUAGGGGUGAAUGGUGUCCUCGUUUUCAGCAUCCUUUUAAGAAAAGGAUUCUGCUGGACCAUGGAUACUGUGGACAGUAGAACAGACUGGUGGCUUUCUUAGUACCUUUUUGCUACAAUGUUACCCAUUUCCUGUGAAUAACAGAAGCUUUAUACAUAAUCUUCUUAAUGAUCAAAUGUUUUCAACAAACUAUGCCUUUAAACUAUGGGCGCUCUCAAAGAGAUUUUUAGUAAUGUUUUACAAAAAUGUUUUUUUAAGUCUUAUAUUUUUAUUGUUCUUUAUUAUGUCAACUCUCAGCAUGGACAGCACAAUUCUGAAACUGUCCUAUGUUUUGAAAUGUUAUGAAAAUUCAUUUUAGGUCAAAUGAAGUUUAAUUUUUGACUGACUGGCAUCCUGUUGUUUUAGCAACAUAAUUAUUUCUUUCUAGGUAUCUUUUGGAAUGUAAAGUGUCUUUCUAUAUCAUACAAUUCAUUUUGUCGGAACCUUUCCAGUGGUUACCUAAGUACCCUUUUCCGUUUUUUAUUCAUCCCAAACUCCUAUUGCAGUUAAUCAUUUGAAGCCAGUUUGACACCCUUUUCUAAAUGAUCCAUGAAUGCUCUUAGAAGUCAGGAGUGUAAUUUUAGAGUCACAAAAAAUAGAAACAGAAAAGCUAAAUUCUGUCAGUUCUGAGUUAACUAUGCAUGAAAUUAGAAUGCAUCCUUGAAGAUCUGUUAAUCACAGGGAACCUUAGUGAAGUACGUACAGAGACUGAGAUUGGAGGGUGUAUCAUGGUAGUCUGUUUGUUCUCUAUACCUCCCUCUUUUACUCUGUAUUUUGUUUUGUAAGAUUUGUCCUUUAUGUUCUUCCUAGGCCACAUCAGAGCAUGUUAUCUGGUAAUGUUUAUAAUUUACUAGAACUACCUACAUGUUAUUAGUGCUAUAUUUAAAGUAUAAUGUUAACAGUCUUUUUCUUCUUGGUAUAUAACCAUUACUUAAAAAAAAAGAUUUAUUUUUGCUUCUGUUGAUGUUGAACUGGCCUUUGUUCUUCCAUCUUAUGGAUAAGAAAGUAAUUUUCCUCAGAUUUAUCCAUGAGCUGGCCAUCAGAAGGGUUUUCACUGUUUAGCCAAAACAUUUGUCUGCUUUCACAGGGUUUUGUUUCUCUGGAAACCAAUUUCAUUAAUGCAUGCUGACAGCCCCCCCCCCCCCCCCCCCCAAAUGAAACAUUUCUAAAAACUGCUUAUGCCAGAAAUCAAAACAGUCAAACACUGUACACACACAAAUACAUUACAAAAGUAAGCAAUGACUUUACAGACUGCCUCAAGUUCACUGUAAUACUUUGAGAUAGUAGCAGAAGAGAGAGUAGCAGAAGAGUAUGCAGUACUGAGUCCAGCGAAACUUUACAUAUCAUAAAGUAGGACAAAUGAAACACAACCUACAGUAAAUUAAGAACAUUUUCAUACAAUUGCCAAGAAACUAAAAUGAUCAAUAAAAUAUUGUCAUGAGUAAAAUUACAAAAAUGGUAAAUCAAAAGGGAUCAGGUAUUUGCACAUUUUUAAGUAAAGCAGCAGUAUUUAGUAUCUUGCUUAUAGAAUCUCUGUAGCACAGGGUGUAAGAGUAAUGUCUACAUAAAUAAUGUAGGCUAUUGCUGGUUUGAAUCCAGGUAGCAGAUACCUUUUAGGUGACAGGGUUUGGCAUAAUGGUUAAGGUCUUCAACUCAUAGACAUAAAGUAUAGUGUUUGAUUGUAACCUCUGGUAACUGGCUAGGCUUAAAAUGGUUCUUCAGGGCAGCUAGCCUACUAUUCACCUAUGAGCCAAUCCAGUAUAGUAACUUUUUCCUGAUAAAUACAAGUGUAAUUUGCAAGCAGUCUCUUUUUGCGCUAAAUACAAAUCGGAUAAUGUGGUACCCUGUUGUGGUAUAAUCUACCAGAAACUUGUGUUAACUAAUAUGCUGAAAUCGUGGGAAUGAUAUGACUUUAAAACAUCUUCAAAUGUUGGUCUUAGCAGACAUUGAAUUCAAAUUAAGUAUGCAGCUCAUGACACACUCGUUCAGCCAUCAAAUAUUAAAGUACUGUUGGAGAUGAUGAUAGAACAGCUAGAAACAGUGUUUGUAGUGUGUACACUUUUAUAAGCUGCAUCUGUGAUGAAAAAGAAGAACCAGAUAGUUUAUUGACUGUACUGUCAUUUACAGACUUCCUUGGUGGUAUGCAGAAUUUUUAAAAGCUGCCACCUUUCAUAUAGUAUUUAUGUAAAAGCAUCUUGUUGCUGGAGAGUAUUGUUUGCCCAGAUGCAUGUGGAAGCUGCUGAAGAUGAUGAAGUUACAUAGAUAUAAAUUACAAUUUACAAUAUUGUCAGAAGUGUCAGUUGCCAUGAUUUUGUUGUUAGUUACAUUAUUCAGCACAUGAAUGGUACCUGUUGGGUAGCCUCACCUGCCAUCCUUACUGUUCAUGCAGAGCUUUUCCAAACUGUGACAAGUGCUUCAGAUUUCAACAUCAGAAGCACCCUUUUUGGGAUCAGCCUGAAGGCUCAUUACAGGUGAAAGGCUCUUUGUGGUAAGGCCAUCCAUCAAACAAGAUUUUUUUCAUUACAUCUGUCUGGAUUUAGGGCUGACACACAACUUGCAAUCUGUGUUUGUAUAUGAGUAGCCAAUCAGGAAAAAAAACUUAUAGAAUCCAUAAGUAACUACAUGGCUUGGAUCCACUGAUAAAUAUUGAGGAGUCCCCAUGUUUUGUAUGAUGUAUAGAAUGUCUCGAUAUUGUAAGACAUGCCACUCUACCCAGGCAUUCAAAAUAUAACUAAACACCGUCAUAAAUUUAUGAUUAGUCAGCUGUGGAUCUCUUCUAACUCUACAAAUCCAUGGGCAGGUGAAUCAACAAAUGUUUCAUAGCAUGAAUAGAUGAGUUCAGUGUGUCUUUUUCCAUUCUGCAUCACACACAGAUUAGCAUUUGUUGACAGUAGGUUUGAAUACACUGGAGAGAAAUUUUUCUGUCCUACUAUAUGACUUUAGGGUGCUGUGAAGAAUUUGUUACACUUGAUGUGCUAGAUGUGUUCAUCUCUACUUAAGAGAGUUUUUGAAAUGCUCCUCCUUCACAAAGUAAUUUGCCAUUUUUUUGUAAAAUUUGAAACUUGAACUUUUUGACCAUAAACGAGCUGUAUCUGUUUUCCACCUUUUGAAACAUAAACAAGCUGUAUCUGUUUUCUUCUGUACUGAAAUAUGUAUCAGAUGCUGUAUCUUGGUGAUUGUGAAGCUGUGUUGAUUCCACUGUUAAGUUAGUUUGCGUUUUCACAUUUCUAGGCAUUAUUUCCCAUCUUCAGUGUGUUUUAAGGUUUUAAGUUAUUUCUGGUCUUUGAUGUGUUUGAAGGAGUUCUUAUUGUUUUAUGACUUAUACGUGUAUGCCCUUUCUGGUCACUUGUAGAAUGUUGUUUCUACUGUUUUACGCAUUCCUCUGGGAAGGUAGAUAACAAAAUGAUUUGUAUUAACUAUCUUAAAUGUAAUUCAUACCAGUCAUCCUCUUUGCAAUAGUGCUACUCAGAAUUUGCUAAUUAUUAUCACAUUUUUAAGUUUUUUGUUUGUUUGGGUUUUUUUUUAUGUUUAAAAUUGUGGCGUCACCAUCCAGACUCUCUGGUUCUUUCUUCCACUCACAGAUUGAAUCUUUUGGAUUCCAGAUUCUGUUCCAGCUUUGAUGAUUUGUUUAGAAUUUUCAGUCAUAUCUGAAUUUGAAAUGAUCAAUUUCCUAAAUGGUCUUUUGACAUAAGGAUCUUUGGCUUUAGUACGGCCUUUUUUAUUUUGUUCCUGUUUCCAACAUGCCUGCAGAUAAAGUUAUCAAAACAUCUAAUGACCCAUGUAAAAUAAGAAAAAGAUGUUAAACCAUUGUUGUUUGUCUUUUCGGCUUUUCCCGGUUAGGGGUCGUCACAGCGGAAUUCUUGUCCGCUAAUGAUUGGCAGUAGAUUUUUAUGGUGCAGAGUUGCCAGCCUGACGCCCAACCUUCAGUGAAGGCAUGCCCAUUCGCGCAUGUCUUUCGGAGGCCACUCGACCGCGGGGAGGAAACAGCUUUGAUGUUUAUAGAAUAUCAUCAAAUAAAACAGUUUACUAUAGUUACCAGAAGGCUAUAUUCUGAAAACUUCACUGGUAAUACAUUGCAGGGAUUUCCGUGUUUUUUUUAGAGCCAGUCAUUUAUAUUUUAUUGUGAAUUUAUUAAUGUUCAACUAUAUAUUAUGUGUAUGUUUUUGUAGGAGACCUGCUUUCUGUAAGGACCAGCAAAAGACAGCAGUAGAAAUAAAUACUUGGUUCUCCUUGCUCUCUAUCGGUAACAUGUCCUGACUUCCUAUCAUAAACUUGUUACCAUAAUGACAGGGUGUAUGUUUGCCUGCAUUUUCUGAUGGACACAAAGUCUGAAACCUAAAUGUUUGUCAUCAUUUAGCAUCUUCGAUCCUCAGUAAUUUGUUUAAAAACCAUAGACUUAGAGGAACAGGCCAAAUGUAUGAGAAAAAAAAAGUCUGGACAUUUUGCAAAAAAAAAAAAUGGACCGUUGAGAGCCAUGGGAAGGUGAGUGUAAACAGAAGGGCCUGUGUUACACUGUCUUCCUCUAAGCACUCACUAAGUGUUGAAUAGCUUUGGAAGUCAGUACUUUAACUUAUAGUACAUGGAACAGAUAAAAGUUCCAUGCACUACAAAGAAUUAUGAUUGGGUCUCUCAUCCUAGCUUUUUCUUGUGUGUUCUUGACAUGGAUUCCAGGAAAUUCACUUUGAGAGAGUCUCGAAGACAUAAGUCAGUUAGGAUCGGCGACCCGAUCAUAAUCCUCUAUGUAGAUGACCUUUACUUUAGAAAGUGCCUGUUAAUCCAACUUCACUUAAUUUUAGCAAUGUUUCAAGUCAGCAUUUUCAGCUUUGUAAUAAAUCCUCUGGUUUGUGGCUUUUUUUGUAUUUGUCCCUUAUUCAGGAGUUAAGGUUGAGAGCUAUAGUUGGCAAAAGGCUGUAAGUAAUACAAAUAAUAGAAGUUACACAUUAGUUUAACCCUGCCCAUGCCUGUGUGUUAAGUUUUAUUACCUGCACCUGGUGCCCUCCCAAUGUCUUAGUGUCUGUUUGGCAGUACAGAUAUGGUUGGAAUAUGUCAGAGCUCAAGGCUGUGAGUUGAUAGUCUUCAUCCUCAAGUUCUUGGUUUGUUUCCUUCAGUUUGAGUACUUGUUUCUUUGUGCAUGUCGUUUAACCAGAUUGUCCAGUCACCCCUGUAAAAAAAAAAAAAAAAAAAAAAAAUCUCAUCAGUCUAGAAUACUCAGACAGUAAACAUAUUAAAAAAUAUAUAUAUAUAUAUAUGUUGUUAUACAGCUUUUAAUUUGUGGCAUUCUAAAUCUAGCAUACAUCUUCCAUAAAGUUAAAGAUAAGUAAAAUCCCAGGGACUUGUGUAAGGAAUCUGUGAUAGCUACUCUGGAGAGGAAUAAAGGGUUUGAUGUAGAAUACGUCUGAAUGAAAACAGUAUUGAGCUUCUGCACUCACACAGCAUUAUGUUCAGUCUUAACAGGGUGAAGAAAAUCAAAAGGAGAGAUGUGUUAAUGCAAAGAGAAAACUAAACAUAGUUUACAGUGGAGUUUUUUUUUUUUUUUUACUUAAGAAGCCAAAAUGCUCAGCUGCAGUGGAAACAGUAUUUACUUAGCUGUCCAGAUGUUUAAAAUCAUACUGUAAAAAUACCUGCUACGUGAACUGUGCUUUUGCUAAUGCAUUACAUAAAACCAAAAGUAGUAUUCAGUAGACUGUGAAAAGUAAUGUGCAGUUUAAGAGAUAAAUUGUCUGGGUCAUAAAUGGUUAUCAGUGGUGUUGGAAAAUUGCAGAUGUAGACAUUUUGAAAGCUGCAAAUGAUUGUGUAUUUCCCAGUAACAUGUGCAUCUAGUCUUUUAACUACAAGUGCCAUGAUUCGAAAGGGUUGUCAUUGUAUAACAAACCGAUAAGAUUCAGGAGAAUAGUGCUUUUACAAAGUUUCACAAACUGCUGUAAAAUAUCAUGUAGCAUAAAUCUGUUUAAGGACGAAGAGUCUUGCAGUUUAAAACAAAUGUACAUAUAUGUUAAGUAUGUUGAAAUGUUAAUAUGUUUUGACGUUCCUGACUUCUUAAAGUCUGUUGUGUACAUAAUAGAUGAAUUUGCAAGGAGUCUUUGGAAAUUGAAAUAACUUUUAAAGUUGGCACUUCACCAGAACAGUCUACUUUACAGUAUAAACAUUGCAAUUUCAUUGUAGACAAAAAGACUUGGAAAACUUGGAGAAGAAUUUCAUCUACUUUUCUGUAAUUCCAAGAAUAUUUAAUUACACCAUUACUCUCAUAUAAUGCUAGAUUUUUAUCUUACAGGUUCAUAUCUUGUGUAUUCCCUCAUGGUACUGAUUUUGUAUGGUACGGUAUGGCAUGGUACAUUUGUAAAGUUAGAGGGAUUUGUAUUAUGUUUCCUGUUAAAUCUUUGCUGUACAGAGUGUGUUCUUUGGUAUCUAAAGGGUGAACACUGUUGAUAAAAGGGAACGUUUAUUUGCAAGAUGUAUCUAAUUUUCCAUGAAUAUUAUAACUAUGUAAAUGCAAUAAAAUUGAUGUUUUUGGGAGA